AUGGCCGGAAAGAACGCUUUCGAAAUUAGCUUCAAGAAGAGUCAAAAGGCAGUGACACUAGAUGCAGCACAGCAGAUAAGCAUUAAUAAUGAACCACUAAAGGUUGACCCGCAGCUUCUUUUUCAACGGUUGACAAUAGCCGCACAGAGAUUUAGUGACAACUUACCUGAUGUUUUUACAUAUGAACUCUGUGGUGUGCCCUCUUCUCUAUUCGGUUCUGAUGGACUUAUCAUGGAGUCCCAGAAAUGGCCACUUGCAGAAGCGAUUUGGAAUGUUGGGGAUUGCAUGCAUGAAGAAAACCUUGAUGAUAAAAACUACAGAUAUGUACUGGAUGGAGGCUCAUUACUACAUCAAGUGCCCUGGAAGACGGGGAUGUUGUUUUCAGAGAUUUUCGAGUCUUACGUUAGAUACAUCAACAACAGGUAUCCAAAUGCUGUCAUUGUAUUUGACGGAUAUGCAUCUGGUCCAUCUACAAAAGACACGACACAUAUACGAAGAACUCAUGGUAUAACUGGUGCAAAGGUGUAUUUCACUUUAUCGUUGCCGUUAUCAACAAAGAAGGAAACUUUCUUAAAGAAUUCCGAAAACAAACAAAACUUCAUUUUUGCGCUUGCUGGAGAAUUGGAGAGGAAUGGGUUCGAUGUUUACCACGCUCAAGGAGAUGCUGAUGUGUUGAUAGUGAAGACUGCUUUACAAAUUGCAGAAAAAAGCAAUGUUGUUAUUGUAGGCGAGGACACGGACUUGCAAGUAAUUGCCCUAUAUCACAUCAAGUCAAUUCAUAAAACAGUCGUCGUAAAGCCAGCAGCCAAACAAACGACAUCAAAAGUUGUUCGGAUAUGGGAUAUUCAGAAGGCCAAACAAGUAUUGGGCGGACAAACCAGAACGUUGCCAGUUUUACAUGCAAUAUCUGGUUGUGAUACAACAUCCCAUAUUAUUGGAAUCAGCAAAGGCGCAGCUUUAAAAACUUUCCUUAAAAAUGAAGAGGUGGUAAAUGAUGCCUGCGAUUUUUUGUCACACAGCAACAAGGAUGUUGUUAUUGCGAGUGGUGAACGAAUUCUGGUUGCAUUAUUUGGCGGAUUGUCCGUUGAGACACUGGAUGUGUUGAGGUUAAGGAUGUUUUCGCAAAAGGUCAUGUCGAGCACCAACUACGUUCAGGUUAAGUCAUUGCCACCAACAUCCGCCGCCGCUAAAUACCACAGUUUAAGAACGUUUUUCCAAGUUCAUGAAUGGGUUGAAAAUGGAGAAAACCUUUCGCCUACUGAAUGGGGAUUCGAACUGAAAGACAAUAAGUUAAUGCCCCAGAAAACGGAUCGACCUGCUGCGCCAGAAAAGCUACUGAAAAUGGUGAAAUGUAAAUGCAAGCAACACUGUGACACAAAGAGAUGUUCAUGUAGGAAAAACGGCUUAGAGUGUUCUGCGGGAUGCUCAGGAUGUCGUGGAAUCAGCUGUACAAAUGUACAGAAGUUCAGCGAAACCGACUCUGAUAUUGACUAAAACACAUGUUUAAUUGAUGAGACGCCAAUUGUACAAUGACGAAUUAGAUUAACUAAAAGUUUAAACUGUCAUUAUAUCCAUUAUUAUUACUGCGACUUUUAAAACAUGUUUUACAUCAUUUGCAGUUAUUUUAACUUCAAAGAUGUACUUAUUAGUGUACGUAAAAUAUUUUUUUUGGACUUAUUAUAUACAAAAUAAUCAAGUUUACAGAUUUUGUAAUAGUUACUUCGUUAAACUGCAUAAUAUGAUAUUUGACCUUUUAAAAGUCAAGGUCAACCAUUGUGACCCAAGGUCAAUGCAUUAUUUAUAUAUAUUUAAACAUUUAGUAAAUGAGUAUGAACUUAUUUAAGAAAAACUAUGUAUCUAAUACUGCUUAUAUAGAAAAUUCACAUGAAUUGAAAUGAAAUUACUUUGUAUAAGACUACCCCACCCACUCUUUAUAUAGAGAUACAACACAAAGUUUAAAUAAAUAUUUGUAUAAUUAUGAAAAUUCUGACAGAUAUAUUCUUAUCUCAUAUUUUAAACAAAUGUAUGUGUGUAAAAGUAUAUAGAUCUAUACAAGACGAUGAUUAAAUUGUUAUAUUCAACACUACUCAAUAAAAGCUAUGUGUUACCAACUUACCAUAUAGAAAUACCCCACCCACUUUUCAAUUAUAUAUAUAAACAGGGGACAAAUAGUGUGUUAUAAAAGAUAAUAUAGUUUCUGUUACUGUUAUUGUCAUAGUAGAUUUAGAUAAAGCUAUGUUAACAUGGAUGUUUUAUGUGAAAAUGAUGGGAAAUGAAAUGCAUAUGAAUUAUAAGGAGUUUCAAAGUAGAAAAAAAAAAUACAUUCAUUAGCUUAUAUUUGGUCUCGUUUUUUGUAAC